AUGUUUGGAAAGAAGCAACAACCUUUUACAACUCGUACCUUUACCGAUAAUGAUCACCAAGUCUUUGACUUGAGCAAGGAAUUCGAUGCAAAACCUUUUCCCUUCAUUCCAGCCUCCAUUCAUCCUUUCGAAAGCAAUAUCGAGUUAGAGGCUGUCAAAAUGAUGGAUCCUUUUGAACUCUCCUCCUACAAGGGAUACAGAAACUCAGAAAGUCAAGUCAAAAGCAUGCUUCAGUCUACUUCUCAUCGUCGACAUGUUGAAAAGGUGUUGGUUGAAGGUGUGGAUUACAUUUCUCAAGAAUUACAACACCGCUUUGCAAAAUAUGGUGCCAUGAUUAAUUAUCAAAUGAAUGCCCAAGUUUUGAGUGGUGUGGUGACUGUGGACCAUGAAUUGGGUGUAUGGGAUGUCCAAUGUGUACCCUCUCAAGAUUCAUCAUCUCAACUCUCUCAGGUUAUUAUUGAUUUUGCCGAUGGAAGCUUCUCUGCAAGGAAGUGGGUUCCAGGAACACGAUUGGUCAUUGAUUCAGGUUGGAAUUGUAUGAACAAUGAUGUGAUGGAUACAACUAUGACUACCACAACUAAUCAGGACACAUUGGUGUUCUUGGUCUUGACGAGAGAAAUCUUGAAACAAUCUUCCAACAUGCUUCGUGUCAAAUUCGAGGUGAAAAGACUUCCAAUCAAUGAGGUGUUCUUGAAUGCUAAUAUCAAGAUGAAAUCCAAACCUCUUUCUGUUCCUUCUUCUUCAGUACCUGCUCCCUUCCAGCAAGGUCGUUCUUCAUUGAAAAGAGCAGUGAAUUUCCAAUACACCAAGGACAUGUCCUUAUGGAGUUUUAAUUUAAAACCUGGAACCCAAAUAGUGGACAACCCAUCGAUUGAUAUUUACAAUAACACAGAGGGCGAAAAAAACUUAAAAUCAGGAAUUGUUCUAAAGGUUUCUGCUCCACAAUGCAAUAUUGGUCUCUAUAUUAAUGGUGCCAAUCAACCAGCACCAUCAUUCCUUGACAAGAGCUCCAUCUAUGAUUAUAGGUCGAACAUGAAUGGAAAUGGACAAAGUUUACCAAUCUCUUUCAUCAAAUCAAAAGGUUAUGGUUCCAUUGUUCUUGCAUACACUGAUUCUUUGUGCUCAAAUGCAGACGUUUACUAUGAAGAGCUCAAGAACACAGAUAUAACUGUUCAGUUCGUUGAUAACUCCUUCCAGGCAUCGCAAGCCAUCAGUUCACUUCUCAAUAUAUCAUCCAUCCAAGUUAAGAUCAAUUCUCCCUAUCAUUCAUGGGAUAAAGGUUUUAUCCAGAAGUUGAGAGACGAUCCGAAUGGCGUUACUUUCGAAUAUUGUUUGAAAUCCAAUACGAGUUUCACAAAUGUUCCAACUCUAAAGUCUCUCCUUAAUGUCACAUCAAUUGUAAUUGUUGAUCCACAAACAUUGGUAUUUGUAUUUAGUGUUAAGGCUGAAGCAACACCUAGCAACGUGCGAUUAAUAGGUGGAUUGUCCUUUAGUGCAUAUCCUUUCAUGUUUGAUUCGGGAUAUGACAUCAAAGCAAGAAAUAGUUUGAAAUUUACAGACUCAAAGGUUGUGAUCAAUGACAUUGAAAAAGUCUUUCAGAGAAUCGGUUAUUCUCUCUCGUUUCAUCUACACAAUAAGAAAAACUAUAAUGAUCAAGGUAACAACAACGAUUCGUGUUUUCAUACUGCAGUUAGUUUCUAUUAUUACCUUUCUCGCCAUGAUCCUGUGGCCAGUAGCCUCAUUACCACCAUUCGGAAUUUUACCUCCAAGGCCUCCUCCUCCUCCUCCUCCCAUUCCAACUUAUGGAUCAAUAACAAUGACAUCACCAGCUUAUUCUGUGUGGCCUUUUAUCCCUAG